AUGAUCAAGCGUGGAAUAAGCACGAGCAGUAGGCUCAACAGGCUCAACAAGUACUCUUAUAUGGUAACUGAGCCUAAAUCCCAGGGUGCUUCACAGGCAAUGCUCUACGCUACAGAGGGAAUUGAAACUGACAAGGACCUCCAAAAGCCCAUGGUUGGCGUUGGCUCGAUUUGGUACGAGGGAAAUCCCUGCAAUGCGCAUCUUCUCGGAUUGGGCCAGAGGAUUAAGAAGAGUAUUUCAAAUGCAGGCAUCACAGGUUACCACUUCGGAGCUCCCGGUGUCAGUGACGGUAUCUCGAAUGGCACUUUUGGGAUGGCCUACUCACUCCAAUCACGCGAUUUGAUCGCAGACGCUGUCGAAUCCACUGCAGGCGGUCACUGGCUAGACGGUAUGGUAGUCGUGCCAGGCUGCGAUAAGAACAUGCCCGGUGUACUCAUGGCGCUCGGUAGACUCAACAGACCCGGUUUGAUGGUUUACGGGGGUACUAUCAAGCCUGGCCAGUGUGGUGGAGAGAAGCUCGACAUUAUCAGUGCGUUCCAGGCCUACGGAAAGUACUUGAAUGAGGAUUCCACGAAACAGGCUGAGGAGAAGCGCUACCAGACUAUCAGAAACGCUUGUCCAGGUCCAGGUGCUUGCGGUGGUAUGUACACCGCUAACACUAUGGCAUCUGCAGCUGAAGCUCUCGGUAUGACUCUCCCUGGUAGCUCCUCAUUCCCUGCGGAAUAUGAUGAGAAGAAGGCAGAGGCGGAUAGUGUGGGCGAUGCAAUGAUGAACUUGCUGGUGAAUGAUAUAAAACCUCGCGAUAUUAUGACUAAGGAGGCUUUCGAUAAUGCUAUCACUCUCACUAUGAUACUCGGUGGCUCGACUAAUGCAGUACUGCACUUGAUUGCUGUAGCACACUCAUGCGGUGUUUCAGUCACUAUCGAUGACUUUCAGCGGAUUGCUGAGCAAACGCCAUUCAUCGCUGACCUCAAGCCAUCUGGACAGUAUGUCAUGGAAGAUCUCCAGACGCUCGGUGGGAUACCAAACGUGCUAGGAUACCUAAUUAAGAAGAAUUACAUUAAUGGUGAUCUUCUCACCGUCACGGGUAAAACUAUGGGCGAGAACAUUGAGAGAUGGCAACACAAGUACGGCGCUUUGCCUGAACAUCAGGAUAUUAUCAGACCAAUUGAAAAGCCAAUCAAGGAGACAGGUCACAUAAGAAUACUCAAGGGUAACCUCGCACCAGGUGGAGCAGUUUCCAAGAUUACAGGUAAGGAGGGACUCCACUUCACAGGCAAAGCGAGAUGUUUCGACAACGAGGAAGAUUUCGUUACUGCAGUUGAGCAGGGUACAUUCACGAAAGGGGAGAAGGUUGUAGUUAUACUGCGCUACCUCGGACCAAAGGGAGGACCAGGUAUGCCAGAGAUGCUCAAACCAACGUCGUUAGUGAUGGGAUAUGGACUUGGAAAUGACGUAGCCUGUUUGACAGAUGGAAGAUUCUCAGGGGGAUCACAUGGGUUCGUCACAGGUCAUAUAGUACCAGAGGCAUAUGAAGGCGGACCAAUAGCGCUGGUUGAGGAUGGAGAUGUAGUCUCUAUCGAUGCGGUUAAGAAUACACUGCACGUUGAUGUCACGGAUGAGGCAUUGAAGGAGAGGAAGAGCAAGUGGACGCCUAGAUCGCCUAGAGUAACGCAAGGAACACUGUACAAGUACAUAAAGAACGUCGGGGAUGCGAGUCAUGGGUGUAUUACGGAUGCAUGA